CUUUGAUGACAUGACCAAUAAAAUCGUGAAAUGUGUCGCCAAAGAAAACCAUGCAGAAGCCACGUUUUCAAAUCUUCCACUCCUUUUGUACACGCGUCUCAAAAACUCAGUUGCAUGGAUCCAAAAAGCUUCCCCUUUUCCCUUCCAAGCUCCGCAUCGCCCUCUUCACCUUCAUAAUUCAGAUCAUCAGCUGCAAAUUUGAAGAGAUGAAGAGGCUCAGUAGAGGAUCUGCUCUUUUCAUUUUAUGCUUCUUUUCCAUCGUUGCUUUCCCCGUGGGAUGUAAAGGACAAAAGGACCAAGAAAAGGGGCCAGCUGUUUCAUUUUCAGAGAUGCUAAGGACAAACUGUUGGGAUAGAGCUAAGACCAUCGUCCGUCAAGCUCAGGCCUAUUUCUUUCCUCCAAAUAUAGAUUUCAGAGGCAGCAAUGAGGGUGAAGAGCCGACAGACGUGGGGGCUGGAGAUAAAGUGAAAGAAGCAGUUGCAGAGAGUUUGGAGAAGACCAGAGCAACGGUAGAGGACUCUGCCAAAACUGCAGCCAAAAUAGCGAGUGAAACAGUGCACAAGACAAAGGAAAAGGUGAAACGAAGCCUAUCUGAUGAAGGACGACAAGAAUCUGAUCACAGUGAACUUUGAGCUUGUAUAGAUAUACAUGUCUUUGUGAAGAAUGGUUAUUGAAAUUUUGGUUAAGAAAUAAAAAGUUUUUUGUGAAGCAGAUAUAGCUUUGUCAUUUUUGGACUCCACGGUUACCGUUGCAAAAAGGAAAUCGUUUCCUGCUCUGCUCUGCUCAUUCUUCUAGCCUUUUUAUAAUACAGCUUUCUAUGCAGUUUAUAAAGAAAUUCUCUUCUCUUCAGGAUUUAGCUUUGACGUACUUAAAACUACAAAUCAAUAGCUAUGAAAAGCCAAAAGUUAUCUAAUUCCCUGAGAAAU